UGACCGACUGAUUUUCACGAACCGAAAUUCCAUCGGUGGUUUCGUGAACCCUCGUAGGCUCGUACCCACUCCGGCCGCGGCGGGCCGAGGCCACCUCGGGCGUCGAGCGGGAGCGGUCACGUGCCGGGCACUCGACUCGCGCCUCCUCCUCCUCCCCCGCUCGCUCUCACCACCGCCACCACCUCGGCUACCUCUCCCGUCUCUCUCGCUCGCGCUCCGCCUCCAUUGCUCGCCGCGGGAGCGGGCGAUCGCGGGCAUCGCGCGCGCCCAAGGGGGCGGGGGAUCCCGCCGGCAGGUUCGUCGCGGGAGGCCCCCCGAUGCCGGGCCAGACGUACAGCCGCCUCGGCAGACUCGGCGGCGCGCCGUCCCCGCCGCCGGUGCCACCGGCUGUGGCGGCGGUGGCGUCCCUGCAGCGGGGCGGGGGCGGGAGUGGGAGGAGGACGCCGGGUAAGGGGGGCUCGGCGUCGGCGUCGGCGGCGGCGGGGUGGACGGGGGUCGGGUGCGGCUGCGCGGCGAGGAGGGCGGCGAGGGCGGUGCUCGCGGCGCUGCACCGGAGGCAGGCGGUGUUCCUGUUCGCGCCGCUGCUGUACGUCGCGGCCAUGCUGCUGUACAUGGGGUCCAUCCCGCUCGACGUCGUGCCGCGGAUCGUCGCGCGCCCGGCGCCCGGGUCGGUGUACCGCAGCCCGCAGCUGUACGCGCGCCUCCGCGCCGACAUGGACGCCGACAACUCCACCGACGCGCUUGCAACCCUGUGGAGGUACAAAGGCAGUCUCUGGCGACCUUGCAUAAACAAUGCUACCAAUAGUCUGCCUGAAUCAAAUGGAUACAUAUAUAUUGAGGCAAAUGGUGGUUUGAAUCAACAAAGGACAUCGAUAUGCAAUGCAGUUGCUAUCGCCGGUUUCUUGAACGCCACUCUUGUUAUCCCAAACUUCCAUUUCCAUAGUAUUUGGAGGGAUCCCAGCACAUUCAGCGAUAUUUAUGAUGAGGCUCACUUUGUAAAACGUCUUCAAAAUGAUGUACGAGUAGUUGAAAAGGUGCCUGAUUUUAUAAUGGAGCGAUUUGGCCACAAUCUUAGCAAUGUAUUCAAUUUCAAGAUAAAGGCUUGGUCCCCUAUUCAAUACUACAAAGAUGCUGUUCUUCCUAAGUUGAUUGAGGAAAGGCUCAUCAGGAUUUCACCCUUUGCGAACCGGCUGUCAUUUGAUGCCCCUCCAGUUGUUCAACGGUUGAGAUGCUUGGCUAAUUUUGAAGCUUUAAAAUUUUCCAACCCAAUUGCGACUCUAUCUGAGACCUUAGUCUCUCGAAUGAAAGAAAAAAGCACGGCGAGCAAUGGGAAAUACAUCGCGGUGCAUCUUCGUUUUGAGGAGGAUAUGGUUGCCUUCUCAUGUUGUGUCUAUGAUGGUGGUGAUGAGGAGAAGAAGGAAAUGAAUGCAGCCAGAGAAAUAGGUUGGAGAGGGAAGUUCACUAAGCGAGGACGUGUAAUAAGGCCAGGAGUGAUAAGAAUGAACGGAAAAUGUCCACUCACACCUUUGGAGGUUGGGUUAAUGCUUCGUGGAAUGGGUUUCAGCAAUAAUACUGCAAUUUUUUUGGCUUCUGGAAAAAUUUACAGAGCUGAGAAGAACAUGGUUCCUCUUCUUGAAAUGUUCCCUCUCCUACAGACAAAAGAAACUUUAGCAUCUGCUGAGGAACUUGCUCCAUUUAAGGAUUUCUCCUCGAGGAUGGCUGCUAUUGACUACAGUGUUUGUGUCCAUAGCGAUGCUUUUGUGACUACACAAGGUGGGAAUUUCCCUCAUUUCCUUAUGGGUCACAGGAGAUACUUGUAUGCUGGGCAUUCAAGGACAAUUAAACCAGACAAAAGAAAACUAGCCAUACUAUUUGACAAUCCACGUAUUGGAUGGAAAUCAUUGAAACGGCACUUGCUUAAUAUGAGAACACACAGUGAUGCUAAGGGGGUUGAAAUGAAAAGGCCUAUUGAAUCCAUAUACACCUUUCCCUGUCCGAACUGCAUGUGUCGCUUGAACAGAACAGAAAAUUCUAAACACAAUCAAACUAGAUAGCAUCUCAAGUGCCAUUUCAGUGGACUAACUUUAUUCUUUCUGGCUUCAUGGUAUAAUUGGUUCUGGUUCAUUACUUCAGUGAGCAUUACCUUAUCACAUCAUUGUACAGUAACCCAUUCUUUUCCGGUGACAGUUUUUUUCUUUGUCCUUGAAUCAUAGUCCAUCCUGGAGCUAAGAACUAACAAUACAUUUGCUCAUUAGCAUUCAACAAACAGAUCUGACACCUGUAGAGCUGUAGUUGUAGUCAGUGAAAUAUCAACCAGUUUGAUGUAGUACUAACCCUUGUACAUGUGUAUAGUUGACAAUAUGAUGUAUGAUACUAUACAAAUUUUGAAUGGACAACAAGUAUUUGUGAAUUUGAUUUUUGUUUUUUCUA